UCGAGAGUAUGGCGGCGACGGACUGACAACUCAGGUGGAGCCUUCUGCAAGUCCUGUGACGUCCUGCGACGUCCUGGAGGCGUCCUGCGACGCCCUUCUGCCACGGUGUCGGGCAACGCGUCCUGCCGGCCAGGAUCCCGACGUUGACGGGGCCGCGCGCGCGGGGGUGUGGUGGCGGGCGAGACGAGGCCAGGCCGCCGCGCGGAGGACAACAGCGUGCCGGCGCGCAGCAGGGCCGCCAGCAGGGCUCUCUCCAGGGCCGGCAGGAGCAUCAUGCCCAGCCUGGAGCUGCCGCAACUCCCGCAGCUGACGCUGCCCUCGGCGGACAUCCCCUGGAACCCCGGCCUGCCCGCCUACGUCACCAACGAGCACGUCUGGAGGCGGACGUGGAGGGUGUCGGGGGCGAUCGCCGGGCCAGCGCCACCCCUGCCCGCGGAGGCUGAGGACCUGGGCGUCUGGUCGUGGAGGUGCCCGCUCCCGGGGGCCGGCUCCGGGGCGGGCACCGACCUCGAGCUGCCGGUCGAGGUGGAGGAGGCCGGGCGCCGGGUGCGCUUCUACCGACGGGUGUCGUGCGGCUCCGCCUCGGCCAGGAUCACCCGGCCCGUCAACAACGGCCGCUUCUACUGGGAGCUGCACCUGGGCGACCGCAUGUUCGGCACCUCCAUCAUGGUGGGCGUGGGCACGGCCGGCGUCCGCACCAACACGACGGGCUACAAGAACCUGAUCGGUGAGGACGAACAUGGGUGGGGACUGUCGCACAAGGGGGUGGUUUGGCACGGCGGCCUGUGGUCGCCGUACACGGAGCCCUUCCCGCAGAACGAGUCCACGACCAUCGGCGUCCUCUUCGACGGCGUGGCUGGCACCCUGGGUUUCUUCAAGGACGGCCGCUGGCUGGGUGUCGCCUUCACGGGGCUGGACAAGGUAAGCGGGGGCACGGAGGAGGGGGGCGGCGGCUAG